AUGUCGGCCUUCCAGUUCCAAAGUUCGGAUGUGCUAGCGAGGCUAAAGCCCUUUGGUAUUCUGUUUGAGAAAUCAUUGAGUGACUUGAUCAAAGGAAUAAGAGCCCACUCCAAAGAAUCUCCGGAAAGUUUACUGACGUUUCUUGAUGCUGCCAUCGUGGAGUGCAAAAACGAACUUAGUACCACCGAUCUCGAGACGAAGGCAAUGGCGGUGUUGAAGUUAGCAUACUUGGAGAUGUACGGGUUUGAAAUGUCUUGGUGCAACUUCCAUAUCUUAGAGGUGAUGUCUUCAAACAAGCUCCAGCAGAAGCGGAUUGGUUACUUGGCGGCUAUUCAGUCAUUCAAGAACGAAGAGGACUUGUUAAUUUUGGCGACAAACCAGUUUAAAAAGGAUUUGAACUCACAUAAUCAUAUUGAGAUCGGUCUAGCAUUAAGUGGAAUUGCAAGCAUAGUCACCCCCAACUUGUCCAAAGAUAUAAAUGAUGAUGUGUUGAUGAAGCUUGGUCAUUCAAAGCCAUACAUCCGGAAGAAGGCCAUCUUGGCGAUGUAUAAGAUCUUUUUACAGUUUCCCGACAGUUUGAGAAUCAAUUUCAAGCGAGUAAUUGACAAAUUGGACGAUGAUGACGUGUCUGUGGUUAGUGCCACAUUGACAGUUAUAUGUGAGAUAUCAAAGAAGAAUCCAAAGAUCUUCGUGAGCUACUUGCCCAAGUUUUUUGAGAUUCUUGAAGAAACCAAGAAUAACUGGUUAAUUAUCAGAAUCUUGAAGUUGUUUCAGAGUCUUUCAAAAGUAGAGCCCAGAAUGAAAAAGAAGAUCUUACCCUCAAUUGUGGGGUUGAUGGAAGAAACAAAAGCAUCCUCGUUGAUUUAUGAAUGUAUCAAUUGUAUCAUUGGUGGUGCCAUGUUAUCUCCAGACUCGUCCAAAGACAAGGAAACCGCAAAGUUAUGUAUCGAGCACAUAAUGAGGUUUUUUGAAGCAAAGGACUCAAAUCUCAAGUUUGUUGGCUUAUUGGCAUUGAUUAGUACUGUUAAAAUCUUCCCCACCUUGAUUCAGAAAAUAGAGGGUGUUCCAAACAUAAUAAUGGAAUGUUUGGUAGACAAUGACCUUCUUAUAAAGAGAAAGGCUUUGGAGAUUUCCCACUAUUUGAUCAAUGAGGAUAACAUAGUCGAUAUAAUUAAAGUGUUGUUGGUUCAAUUGAUCCCAGCAGAGGAUUCAAUUGUGCCGGAUAACUUAAAGUUAGAGAUCACGAUGAAGAUCUUGUCUAUUGGUUCUCAAGAUAAUUACGAAAAUAUUCCCAACUUUAAAUGGUAUAUUGCAGUUUUGAAGGACAUUAUCAACUUGACUUUGUUACCGUUGAAGUCCCAAACUGCUACAUCUGCAUCACUUUCUUACCAAACCAAUAGAACCAUUUCUUUGGCCAUUGGGAGAGAAUUCAAAUCCUUGGUGACAAAGGUACCUUCUAUAAGACCUAAUGUCUUGAAAAUUGUUACUGAGACUGUGCUCAAUGUGAAAGUCUUAGAUAGCUGUCCUAUGAUACUCGAAGAUUUUUACUGGAUUUUGGGCGAAUAUAUCGAUGACUUAAAGGUGAGCGAAGGAGCAGACGAUGAAGAAAGUGAUGAAGAAGAAGGUAAAGAGUAUGGACAGAACUCCAACUUUGCGAUUCUAAUUCCCACAUUGGUCAAAAUAUACUCGUCCAUCGUCAAUGAUUAUGUUUCCAUUUAUUCUGUCAAUGGGAAGCUCCCUUACGACAAGUAUUCUGAAUUGAACUAUUACUUGUAUAAGUUGAUCAAAUUUUUGGGCAAUUUUGAAAACCAUUUCUUCUAUGAAGUUCAAGAACGGAGCUUAUCAUGGUCAGAGUUCUUGAAGAUAUGUUUAGAAGCUCUGGAGCCUCACCAAGUUCCAAUGUUGUUAACUCACGUCUUACCGUCAUUCUUUAAGUCAUACGCCUUGAAUCCUAUAUCCAAGAACGGCCAGCGUAACUUGCCUGCUCCAGAAGACUUGGACCUUAUAACC